AUGGUUCCAUCACCUCACGACAUUCCCUCCCACGAGGAGGCGACUAGGAGAAGGGUCAGCAAGAAGCUCCAGAAGAGACGCAAAGAAGAACACCAACCGACAAUGGAGCUUCCCGACCGCCUGAAGGACCUGGGCGACGAGGCCGGCGAGGAUGUCGUGCCUCAGCAGGCUGGCCACCAGAUGUUCAUGAACAUGAACCAGUCAAUCUUUGGCCUGAUCGCAGCUGCCGGCUCCAACGUCGACUUUAAUGAUCGCUUCGAGGGCCAGUCGAGCGACGACGAUGAAGGCACCGACGACCAUGGCAAGGGAAGGACGAAGGAACAAGAGGAUGUGUCCAAGUCCCAGAUUCUCAAGAAGAGCUCGUCGGACAAGACAGAUAAGAAGCACAGAAGACGGAUAUCUGGCCAGCUGCUCCGCUCGUUGCCUCAGCUACCUCGCCUAGCCACCAGGUCGAAAUCGAAAUCUUCCAAACUCAAGAGCCCGCCGCUGCCCGCCAUCGACACCGAUGACCACGAACCUAUAUCACCGGCCCUGGACUCUUCAUAUCCCAAGACUCCAGGCACCGAGGCCACGAGACUUGAGCGGAGGGGAAGCGCCGCACCUAUAAUGAGUAGGAUGCUCGAGGCUAGAGCCGAGAUGUCGGCGCGACCCAGUUUUGACCUCGAAAGGCUAUCGGGAGAUCACAGGAGAGGAGUACACACCGAAGACACUGGCGAUACUGCGUUGGCGCGCCGUCUGAAGGAAAUCUUCGAGUUCGACCAGCCGGAAAAGGUUCUAGAAGAGUAUCCCUGCUGGCUACUCCAAAGCGUUCUGCUUCAGGGAUAUAUGUAUAUCACCGCAAAGCACAUUUGCUUCUACGCCUAUCUGCCCAAGAAGGCGCACGAAGUUGCCAAGUCAGGCUAUCUAUCCAAGAGCGGGAAGCGCAACCCCAAAUACAACCGGUACUGGUUCCGCCUAAAAGGCGAUGUGCUGGGGUAUUACCGCGACUCUUCAAACCUCUACUUUCCCAGUGGUCAGAUUGACCUCCGUUACGCUAUAUCGGCGAACAUUACCGACAAGGACAAGGAAAGCGUGCACUUCUCGGUUGUCACAGAUCAUCGCACCUACUACUUCAAGGCGGACAGUGCACCAAGUGCCAAGGAAUGGGUCAAGAGUCUGCAGAGAGUCAUUUUUCGAUCUCAUAACGAUGGAGACAGUGUAAAGAUCUCGUUGCCCAUCAACAAUGUGAUGGACAUCGAGGAGACUCAGAUCCUAGAGUUCGCUGAUACUAUCAAGCUCCGGGUUAUUGAUAAUGAGGAGACCUAUGCCAUUGACGAGUACUUCUUCUCAUUCUUCAGUUUUGGUAAGGAGGCGAUCAAUGUCCUCAAAAUCCUGGUGGAGGACGCAUCGACCCAAGAAGAAGAAUUAGAAUCGAGACUACAUGUACCACGCCGACGGGCUAUUCAAGAUGCACCCUCCAAUCGAACUUCGAUGAGUGCAUCAAGGACUGAGGCAUCAGGGGGUGAGCUGAAGUCAACAAAGCUUCGCGAGAACGUCAAGGCCACCUUGGCUCCCAUGUCACCUACUAGCCCACACGAAUCCAACGUUCGAGCGAGUGGCGACUUCAGCAGGAGUAGUUUCGACGCGUUCCGCCCUUUUGGACACCGGAGUCUAGAUUUGGAUCGACUCACUCGUGACAACUCUCCGCGACGCAGUUUCAGUGGCAGCCGCACUCGGUCUCAGAGCAAAGCCAGGGGUCGCACUCCACGGAUACCACCCGAGAAGCAAGAGUCGUCAGACUCCUACGUGCAGUCUCUCGAGGACCCUAGCUUUUCUAACCUAGUCGCCUCAUCGAGCGAGGACCCAACUGGGAGUCAGAUAUUGACAGGGAGUGCUGUCUUUCAUAGCCCUACCAUUCAUCGCCGUUCUGCUUCGGGGUCCCGGUCCAGGAAGCGCGAGAAAGCAAGUAUUGCACAGCAGCAGGCUCGACAAGCGGAUGGUCUGCAUAUCUAUCACCCUAAUCACGCAGCCACCACUGGCCAUGUGACUGAUCCGUCCGCUGGCCAGAGACCUGACCAAGCGGCGCCUGCGACCCCAACGUUACAGAAUCUUGCCAAGAUGGGUACGUACCCAUUACAGCGCGCACAGGGCUUCGCCGACUAUCUGAAUCAGACCAGUCGACGCAUGGGCAAUCUCCUUGCGACUGAAUCAAUGGGCUACGUUGAAAAAGUCUCUGGGAUGUGGAAAGGGGGUCGGAGACACUACCAUGACUCUGGUAUAAUGAAAACGGACGAUGAGCUGGAUAUAGACGACGAGGAAGAAGGGGACCUCGCAAAGACAAUGGACCGGUUUCGAAACCACUUUGCCCUCCCAGAGUCUGAGAAAUUACACGCAACCUACUUCGGUUACAUCAUCCGGGUUCUACCACUUUAUGGCAAGAUCUACAUCAGCGAUCGUUCUUUCUGCUUCCGGAGCCUGCUCCCUGGGACAAGGACGAAACUCAUCCUUCCUAUCGCGGAUAUCGAGACGGUACAUAAGGAGAAAGGAUUUCGAUUCGGGUAUUCCGGUCUCGUCCUCGUCGUCCGUGGCCACGAAGAGCUAUUCUUCGAGUUCAACCAGGCAGAGAUGCGAGACGAUUGCGCCAUAACUAUGCUUCACCACCUUGAGACAUCACGGUAUCUUCGAGAGCCGGAGUACAUUGCGAAGGAGGAGCAGGAGCAAAUGGAUGAUGCAAAGGCCGAAAGGGACGCACUGAACGAGGCGCGCCUGCGGGAGAAUCCAGAGCACGAGCUUCGGUUGCCGCAGCAGACUUCGGUGCUCAGUGACUCAUCGCCCACAAUACUUUUCGACGAUCCAAAAGCAUCCUUCCUCAACUUCAAGCCGUCGCAACCAUUAAAGGUCACGUGUCUUACGAUUGGGUCCAGAGGUGAUGUUCAACCUUAUAUUGCGCUUUGCAAGGGCCUCUUGGCGGAAGGGCACAAGCCGCGGAUUGCCACUCAUGCCGAAUUUAGAGGAUGGGUGGAAAGCCAUGGCAUUGAAUUUGCCCCCGUCGCUGGAGACCCUGGUGAACUCAUGCGACUUUGCAUCCAGAACGGAACAUUCACUCUGGCCUUCUUCAGAGAGGCGAACUCUACCUUCCGGGUUUGGAUCGAGGACCUCCUAGCUACAGCUUACGAUGCGGUGAAAGGAAGCGAUGUUCUGAUCGAAUCCCCCUCGGCUAUGGCUGGCAUUCACAUCGCCGAAGCGCUGCAGAUUCCCUAUUUCCGCGCCUUCACCAUGCCCUGGACGCGCACCCGUGCAUAUCCACAUGCCUUCAUCAUGCCUGAGCACAAGAUGGGCGGCGCCUACAACUACGUGACGUACGUCAUGUUUGACAAUGUUUUCUGGAAAGCUACAGCGGGGCAGAUCAACAAAUGGAGGCGAAAUACACUUGGCCUGCCGCCAACCAAUCUCGAAAAGCUUCAACCAAACAAGGUUCCUUUCCUGUACAAUUUCUCACCCUCUGUCGUUGCACCUCCUUUGGACUAUUCCGACUGGAUUCGUGUCACCGGGUACUGGUUUCUCGAUGAAGGCGGCGAAUGGACACCCCCAGAUGACCUGCGACGAUUUAUCGAAAAAGCAAGGAAGGAUGAGAAGAAGCUUGUGUAUGUCGGCUUCGGCUCAAUUGUGGUACCCGACCCAGCCAAGAUGACACAGGAGGUUAUUGAUGCCGUCCUGAAAGCUGAUGUCCGCUGUGUGCUCUCUAAGGGUUGGUCUGACCGCAUGGGUGCUGAUCCCAGCGUACCAGAGCCUGAGCUGCCCCCCGAGAUUUUCAGAAUCAAGUCGGCACCUCAUGACUGGCUCUUCGCGCAGAUGGACGCGGCCGCACAUCACGGCGGCUCGGGCACAACAGGGGCCAGCUUGAGAGCAGGUAUUCCCACAAUCAUUAGACCUUUCUUCGGAGACCAAUUCUUCUUCGGUGGCAGGGUCGAGGAUCUUGGGGUUGGCAUCUGUUUAAAGAAAUGGGGCACUGGCCCAUUUGCGAGGGCACUGUGGGAGGCCUGCAACAGCGAGAGGAUGAUCGUCAAAGCCAGAGUCCUCGGCGAGGCUAUCCGAAAGGACAAUGGUGUAGACACUGCAAUCCAGUGUAUCUACCGCGAUCUUGAAUAUGCACGCUCCCUCAUUGUUGCCAAAGCCGGCAAGCAUCAUGUCAAGUCCGGUAAAGAAUCCGAUUCGUCGCCCUUGAGCGAAGACGAAGAUGAAGAAGAAAGCUGGACCUUUGUGGGUAACGGUGAUGAUGUCGACCCAGAGCUUGUGGUGAAGAAGAGUGCUCUUGCAGAAGCAGAGCAGAUACUCGCCACGGGCAAAAGAGGCACGUCUCUGGGAAGCAAAGUCCUUGCCACGUCUGGGAGGUCCUAG